GAGAGAGAUGGGGGUUAUGGGGAGGCGUUUGGGUGAGCUUGGGAUGAUGAAAGGAGGGGGGAUAAUAAAUUGGUUCCCAGGUCACAUGGCCGCUGCAACUCGCGCCAUUCGCAACCGCCUCAAGCUCGCUGACAUGGUCAUAGAAGUGCGAGAUGCAAGGAUUCCUUUGUCAUCAGUGAAUGAAGACAUGCAGCAUGUGCUUUCUUGUAAGAGACGAGUGAUAGCGCUUAACAAGAAAGACCUCGCAAAUUCAAACAUGAUGAAUAAAUGGCUUCAACAUUUUGAUUCAUGUAAGCAAGACUGUCUCCCUAUAAGUGCUCACAACAAGAACUCAGUCAAGAAGCUUCUAGAUCUCGUGGAAUUAAAGUUAAACGAGGCAAUUUUGAGGCAUCCGACACUUCUUGUUAUGGUUGUUGGUGUUCCUAAUGUUGGCAAAUCAGCUCUCAUCAAUUCCAUUCACCAAAUUGCUUCUGCUAACUUUCCUGUGCAGGAGAAGAUAAAACGGGCGACUGUGGGACCUCUGCCAGGUGUAACUCAGGAUAUAGCAGGAUUCAAGAUUGCUCAUCAACCAAGCAUUUAUGUUCUCGAUACUCCAGGCAUAUUGGUUCCUAGCAUUCCAGAUAUUGAUACUGGGUUAAAGCUGGCCCUUACAGGAGCUGUAAAAGAUUCUGUGGUUGGCGAAGAGCGUCUUGCUCAAUAUUUGCUUGCACUUUUGAAUACUCGAAAUGUGCCACUCCAUUGGAAGCAUUUACACAACAAAAACAAAGAUAAACAUGGAAGUAUGUCAUCAAGGAAUUGGAAGCUACCAUUAAGAAAUAGUGAUCCUGGCCGUAUUGAGGAUCUUGUAACAGAAGUUCAAAGGGCCCUCGUUAACACUUAUUCAGAAUUCAGUGGGAACUUGGAGAAUGAAAAUGAUUUGGAAACCCUGAUUGAAGAGCAGUUCGAUGCAUUGCAGAAGGCUUUCAAAAUCCCCCACAAGGCAAGUAACGAGGCACACUAUAUGGUGUCUAAAAGGUUGUUGACUCUAUUCAGGCUUGGGAAAUUAGGCCAUUACAUUCUUGAUGAUGUACCUAGCACUUCUAAAACAGCAGUCUGAGCUUUGUGUUUUUUUUUUAGUAGAUAAUUUGAGUUUUAAUUUUACACCCUUUCUGUGUAGGCAAUGUUCUUAUGUUCAUUAGUUAAAGCUUUUUGUUUAGCAAUUGAUAAAUGUAACCAGUUCCUGUCUAUGGUUUCAGAUUAAUUAGAAGCAAAAU